AAGCAGCGCAAUCAGCAUAUUCGUUAUCUUUUGUGAGUGGACUUCUAUCAAGAGCAGAGCGAACACGGAAAAUAGACUCAAACGAAGCAUGAAAGUCUUAAUACUAUUUCCUUUUAUUGUUUUCUUUGGCGGAGGUUUCGCACAAACGCAGAGUUGUGUCAAUAAGGUGGCGAUCCCACAAUGCCUUCCGGCCCUAGCCAACUACCUUCAGUCCCAGGCUUCACUCCUACAAAACUUGAGUCAAGAACUUCAAACUGCUAAACAGGAAACUGAAAAGGUGAAGGCGUCUCUAGGACAGUGGCCCGCGGGCAGCUACUGUAUUCUGGCCAGCGGUGGAUGUCCAAAAGGCUUCACUAAGAAGUCAGGGCACAUGCGGGCUCUGAACAUGUACAGCCACACUCCAACCUACAUUCAACCGGUUCACUUUGGAAGCAGCAGAAUCACUUGCCAUGGUAAAUGCGGACAGUAUGGAAACUGGGUUGGGGAUUUGUAUAUCUCAGCUUGUUGCAAGUAGAUAUCCCGACUAAACAACCAGUUAUUUGAGAAUAUCGUUGGAAAACGAAAAAAUAAAAUAAAAUAAAAUGAAUAAUGAUUAAACAGGGGACCUAACAAGAGCGUAUGAUUAAAAUAAAACACGAAUAAAACAUGAAAGUGUAA